UAAAAAUGGGGUUAUGGAGCGCAUGUACGACAGGGAGCAGAGCAGUCGCCACCAGGCUUGCGAGUGGACGGUGCUAGACGUUUUGACCUUGGUUAAACAGUUUGCCCUCAGCUGGCCUUUCAGGUCUUUGCCGCUGAGUUUCCGUGCGCAGUUAGGAAGGCGCUGACUUUUGCGUAGUUGCAGACAGUUCUUAAGUAUGGCUGCAGCUGUAGGUAGGCGAGCCUUUUGGAGGCUAAAUUAGCAGAUAUUAACCAAGAGCUAGCAGAGCUAGGUUUGACCGAAGCAGACCGAGCUCAGGUCCGCGAGUACAAUUGGGCGGUAGAGCAAGCCGAACAAGCGUAUCAGGCAGCCAUGGCUCCAGUGGGACUUACCAGGCCUAGCCGUGGCAGCGCGGUAGCAGUUAGCACCUGGCAGGAAGCCCAUCAGCGGGCCAAUUCAAACAGAAACGCUAAACGGAGGCAGGCUCGCGAGACGCACAGGCGCGGUUAUGAGUUGCUAUCACGUUACCAGUCUUGGGAACAGCUUCGCAAUCAGGGGACAGCUCUGCAAGAAGAAUUGGCCGCGCUCCCAGGGCCCAGCAACGCAGCGGCCGGAGCAGCGCCGGCUCACAUCCACAACGCCGAAGCAGAGGCACCGGAGGAAAUUGACAAUGCAACGCCACUGCAGCACACCGGCCCUCCCGCCAUGCCCGGUACGGGGUCGCCGGCAAUCGCAAGGGCAGCGCCGGCGAGGGACGUGGGUGUGGCACCCAGCGCCGUAUCCGUCCCACCGACAGCGGUUGUACGGGCUCUCGAUCGCCUUGAGAACGCAGGCUUGAGCGAUGCAGCUCGCAAAGUACGGCGCCUCGCGAGCCUGGAGCUGGCAAGACGGGAAAUCAGGGAGCCUGUAUCCGCUGACGAGGCAGCGGAAGUCUGGAGGACGGUGCUAGAGCGGCAGCUGGCGGCUCUGCAGGACGAAGAAGACAGCGAACAGCACCAGCCUCAGCGCCAGCAACGGCAGCAGCAGCAAUUGCCGCAAGACCGGCGGCCGGCAGUCGCCACCCUGCAGAACGACCAACGGCACCCUGCCAUAGGGAACGCACGCUGGAGUGCCGGCCUGAACCUACAGGGCCUUCCCGGCAGCAGCAGGCUGCAAGCAUUUGGGGCAGCGUCAGCAGGCCUGGGAGGCCUAGGGGGACUGGGCCUCACGCUGGGGGGCAGUGGCGGGGACUUAAACAGCAACUCUUCAGUGCUGGGCCUCGGCCACCUACCCCUCGGCUCAGCACCGCCGUCCGCUCUGGGCCCCCUGGCGGCAACCGUUCAGCGUGAAGGGGCCUGGGCAGACGUGUUCGACCGCAUCCCAGGCCUCAGCAGCCUGGUCUCGCUGGCGGACGUCAGCUUCGCAUCCCGGGACCAGGCGACCUUCACGCACAAGGCAGACAGUCAUCUCCGCUCCCUGCAGCAUCUCGCGUCCCAGCUGGAAGCGGCCAAACACUGCGCAUCCUCUUCGGAGGAGCUCUCGCUGCUCUUGGCCAAGGCCGCGCAGGUGUGGGAGGAGGCCUUUCGUACACAAGAGGUCCUCCGGCAGGUGCAGAAUGCAGCCCGUGUCCUGCCCUUCAAGGACGUCAUGGACGUAUUCAGCAAGGGCUCUCCCCUCACACAGCAGUUCCUAGCCGCCCUGUCGCAAUUUACGGACAGCCAGCGCCAGCACCUCUUCGGGAAGUUCGCCUCAGCCGCCGCUCCCGCGGCGGCUUACCCGCCGCCCCCGCCUCUUCCACUCCCGCCGGCCCCAGCACAGCCCCGUGCCCCACGCGACAACGGCUGCUUCUACUGCAAGAGGCCCGGACACAGCUACCGCGGCUGCCGAGAGUUGCGGUCGCUGGAACCUGGGGCCCAAACGGCAGCACUCGCAGAAUGCGCCAAGCAGGAGCAGGCAGCCCGCCGGCCGGCUUAGGACGCGGCAGCGUCAGCUGGGGGCGAGGUCGCCCCGGCGCCAACGGCGCCCCCCCUCCAUCCAGCCGCCGGCAGUACAGCCGGCGGUGGGGCAGCUGACGCAAAUACGGCAGGGAUGGAGACACCAGAAGUUUUGUGGAUGCCUGACUCGGCGGCGGAAACGCCGUCGGCCGGCCGCUGGUUCGGCCCAGGGGGCGUGAAGCUUAAUACGGCCGCGUGGCAGCGUCACGGCAUCGACACGCCUGCGUCCCGUAACGAAGCCAGCUGGACCUUCCACACCACGCCGCCAACCUCGCACCACUUGCGCAACUACCCAUCCGUGCGCGAACACAGCGAAUGGUACGCCAGCCACAUUGACGAGUUACUGCGCCAGGG